ACGCCAAUUAGAUGCUAAAGGAACUCCUCUCCGGCGCAAUGGAGACGACGCAACCCGCUGCUUCUGCUCCUGCUCCUGCACCUGUUCCCGCUUCCUCCCAAACCUUCACCCCAUCGUCCGCGAAAUCCGCUGAUCCUCCGCAACUCCUGCAGACUCCUUCCGUUUCAUCCACCAAAUCUGAGGGCAUGGUCGCCGAGCCCCGAGAUCCACCGUCCUCGGCUAGUUUGCACCCGCCGGAACCCUCCUCGUCGGCAGGGCCUUCCCACGCCUCCUCUUCGUACGUCAUCACCAUUCCCAGCUGCUCCGGGUGGUUCUCUUGGGACCAGAUCCACAAUACGGAGCGGAGAAUACUACCAGAGUUCUUCGACGGUAAGUCCGCUUCCAAGAAUUCCGAAGUCUACAAGUACUACAGGGACUUCAUCAUUAAACGGUUUAGGGCGAAUCCAACGAGAAAGAUCACAUUAACUGAUGUUCGGCGAGAGCUGGUCGGAGACAUUGGUUCCAUUCGGAGGGUUUUCGAUUUCUUGGAAGAAUGGGGUCUAAUCAAUUAUACGCCCUUAGCCAAGCCAAGUGCCGAGGAUAAGAAGGGAAAUGAUGAAGGUUUGGAGAAAAAGGAGACUCCUAGGAGAAUUUGUACUAAUUGCAAAUCACCCUGUAGCAUGGCAUGCUUCACCACGGAUAAGGCAGAUAUUAUUCUGUGUGCUCGAUGCUUUGUUCGUGGCGAUUAUAGGCCUGGCCUUAGUUCAACAGAUUUCAGAAGGCUUAACAUUACAGAAGAGACAAAGACUGAUUGGACUGACAAGGAGACUCUUCACCUACUUGAGGCCAUUUUGCAUUAUGGCGAGGAAUGGAAGAAGGUUGCAGAGCAUGUAGGUACCAGAUCUGAGAUAGACUGUAUUGCUAGAUUCAUCAAAUUACCUUUUGGGGAACAAUUCUUGGGGCCUGAAGGUAGCAUAAAUGGCAAUUCACACAAGGAGAAAGAUGAAAUAACUACAAAAUCGAUAGAAGAUAAUGCUCCAGAACAGGGUUCUCCAAAGCGAAUGCGUCUCACACCACUUGCUGAUGCAAGCAACCCAAUCAUGGCCCAGGUUUCCUUUUUAUCUGCAGUGGUGGGCUCAAAUGUUGCUCAAGCUGCAGCCCAAGCAGCUGUUUCAGCAUUACCAAAGGUGGAGAUUGCUAGUGGCUUCACGGUAAAUGAUGAUAAGCUUCACUCGGCAGCAGAUGGAGCAAAGGAAGAAGAUUCUCCUGCUGUGGAUCAGCAAGCCUAUUCUGAGAUUCUCAGCGUGGCUGCUGCAGAGGCACAGGCUAAGCUUGAGACUGAACAGAAGGAUGUGGAGCGAUAUAUUUCUGAUAUAGUGCAAGUUCAGAUGAAAGAAAUCCAGGAUAAAAUUAUACACUUCGAGGAGCUAGAAUAUCUUCUGGAGAAAGAGAGGUUGCAACUGAGGCACAUGAAGGAUCUUCUUUUUGAGGAUCAAUUGACUUAUCUACAGCACAACACUCGACCAAUAUCAAAAGGAGCUGAAGGGCAGAACGCAAAAUCAAACAAUCAUGUUCCUUGAUGAUGAGGCAGAAUUUCCAUACUAAUGGCUACUAACCCCUUGUUUAGUUGGAGGAAUUUUGAACCCCACUUGUGAAAAUUAUGUUUCUGGAUUAAUCAGGUCCAGGCGAAUUGUUGUUCUAUUACUCAUCCUUUUUUCCUCUUAGUUCAUCUUUGUACUGAAAUACAAUCCUAUUUGUUUUGUUUUAUUGUUGUUGUAAUUUAACUGUUCGGGUGCCUAUGGCACAGAAAAAUAAUGGUCUCGCGCCACCCAAAAACUUAAGUUGUUUCUCUUGAUAAUUAAUGACUUCAUUAAGGGUAAAUGCUGAUAAUAUUUGUCUUGCUUUCAAA